AUGAUUAUGAAGACUCCUAAUGCAGUGAGCACGUACAGUGUGACCCAGCACACGAUUAAUGCCAUGGCUCUCGCAGACCCUCCAUUUGCCAGAGUGUGGAUACCUGAUCCUGAGGAAGUUUGGAAGUCAGCAGAGCUGCUCAAAGAUUACAAGCCAGGAGACAAAGUCCUCCUGCUUCACCUUGAGGAAGGAAAGGAUUUGGAGUAUCGUCUGGAUCCAAAGACCAAGGAACUGCCUCACUUAAGAAACCCUGACAUUCUUGUGGGUGAAAAUGACCUCACAGCCCUCAGCUAUCUUCAUGAGCCUGCUGUGCUCCACAAUCUCAGAGUCCGCUUUAUUGAUUCCAAACUUAUUUAUACAUAUUGUGGUAUAGUCCUAGUAGCUAUAAAUCCUUAUGAACAGUUGCCUAUUUAUGGAGAAGAUAUUAUUAAUGCAUACAGUGGUCAGAACAUGGGUGAUAUGGAUCCACAUAUCUUUGCAGUAGCUGAAGAAGCUUACAAGCAAAUGGCCAGAGAUGAACGAAAUCAGUCCAUCAUUGUAAGUGGAGAGUCUGGGGCAGGAAAAACAGUCUCAGCUAAGUAUGCCAUGCGAUACUUUGCCACUGUAAGUGGUUCUGCCAGUGAAGCCAAUGUUGAGGAAAAGGUCUUGGCCUCCAACCCCAUCAUGGAGUCAAUUGGAAAUGCUAAGACAACCAGGAAUGAUAAUAGCAGCCGUUUUGGGAAGUAUAUUGAGAUCGGUUUUGAUAAGAGAUAUCGAAUCAUUGGUGCCAAUAUGAGAACUUACCUUUUAGAGAAAUCCCGAGUGGUGUUCCAGGCAGAAGAGGAAAGAAACUAUCAUAUAUUUUAUCAGCUUUGUGCCUCAGCAAAGUUACCUGAAUUUAAGAUGUUGCGAUUAGGAAAUGCAGAUCACUUUCAUUACACAAAGCAAGGUGGCAGUCCGGUGAUUGAAGGAAUCGAUGAUGCCAAGGAGAUGGCCCAUACCAGGCAGGCCUGCACUUUGCUAGGUAUUAGUGAAAAUUAUCAGAUGGGAAUUUUCCGAAUACUUGCUGGCAUUCUUCACCUAGGUAACGUUGGAUUUACAUCUCGAGAUUCAGACAGCUGCACAAUACCUCCCAAGCAUGAACCUCUCAGCAUCUUCUGUGACCUCAUGGGUGUGGACUAUGAGGAGAUGUGUCACUGGCUCUGCCAUCGGAAGCUAGCCACUGCCACAGAGACAUACAUCAAGCCCAUCUCCAAGCUGCAGGCCACGAAUGCUCGCGAUGCUUUGGCCAAGCACAUCUAUGCCAAGCUCUUUAACUGGAUCGUAGAUCAUGUCAAUCAAGCGCUCCAUUCUGCUGUCAAGCAGCACUCCUUUAUUGGCGUGCUGGACAUUUAUGGAUUUGAAACAUUUGAGAUAAAUAGUUUUGAACAGUUUUGCAUAAAUUAUGCAAAUGAAAAACUACAGCAACAGUUCAAUCUGCAUGUCUUCAAAUUAGAACAAGAGGAAUAUAUGAAGGAACAAAUUCCAUGGACUCUCAUAGAUUUUUAUGAUAAUCAGCCUUGCAUUAAUCUUAUAGAAUCUAAACUGGGCAUUCUAGAUUUGCUGGAUGAGGAAUGCAAAAUGCCUAAAGGUACAGAUGACACUUGGGCCCAGAAAUUGUACAACACACAUUUGAACAAAUGUGCACUCUUUGAAAAGCCCCGUCUGUCAAACAAAGCUUUCAUCAUCCAACAUUUUGCUGACAAAGUGGAAUACCAGUGUGAAGGCUUUCUGGAAAAGAAUAAAGACACUGUUUAUGAAGAACAAAUUAAAGUUCUUAAAUCAAGCAAGUUUAAGAUGCUACCAGAAUUAUUUCAAGAUGAUGAGAAGGCCAUCAGUCCAACCUCAGCCACCUCUUCAGGGCGCACACCCCUCACCCGCAUUCCUGCAAAGCCCACCAAAGGUCGACCAGGCCAGACAGCCAAAGAGCACAAGAAAACGGUGGGGCACCAGUUCCGAAAUUCCCUUCACCUGCUAAUGGAGACCCUGAAUGCCACUACCCCUCACUAUGUGCGCUGUAUUAAGCCUAAUGAUUUCAAGUUCCCAUUCACGUUUGACGAGAAGAGGGCAGUGCAGCAGCUGAGAGCAUGUGGUGUCCUGGAAACCAUCCGCAUCAGUGCAGCAGGCUUCCCCUCUCGGUGGACUUACCAAGAAUUUUUCAGCCGCUACCGUGUCCUAAUGAAGCAAAAAGAUGUGCUGAGUGACAGAAAGCAAACAUGCAAGAAUGUAUUAGAGAACCUGAUCCCAGACAAGGACAAAUACCAGUUUGGUAAGACAAAGAUCUUUUUCCGUGCUGGUCAAGUGGCCUAUCUAGAAAAAUUGAGGGCAGACAAGCUGAGGGCUGCCUGCAUUCGGAUCCAGAAGACAAUCCGAGGGUGGCUGCAGCGGAAGAAGUACCUGCGCAUGCGGAAGGCAGCCAUCACUGUGCAGAGAUAUGUGCGAGGCUACCAGGCCCGAUGCUAUGCUAAGUUCCUGCGCAGAACUAAGGCAGCGACCAUCAUUCAGAAGUACUGGCGCAUGUAUGUAGUCCACAGGAAGUACAAAAGUAAACGAGCUGCCACUAUUGUUCUUCAGUCUUAUUUACGAGGCUACUUGGCCAGAAAUAGGUAUCGCAAGAUACUCCGUGACCACAAAGCAGUCAUCAUUCAGAAGUGGGUCCGAGGCUGGCUGGCUCGCACCUACUACAAGAGGAGCCUGCAUGCCAUCAUCUACCUUCAGUGCUGCAUACGGCGGAUGAUAGCCAAGCGCGAGCUGAAGAAGCUCAAGAUUGAGGCCCGCUCCGUGGAGCGCUACAAGAAACUCCACAUCGGCAUGGAGAACAAGAUCAUGCAGCUGCAGCGCAAAGUUGAUGAACAGAACAAAGACUACAAAUGCCUCAUGGAGAAAUUGACCAAUCUGGAAGGAAUAUACAACUCUGAGACUGAGAAACUACGAAGUGACUUAGAACGUCUUCAGCUAAGUGAGGAGGAGGCUAAGAUUGCCACUGGACGGGUUCUCAGUCUACAGGAAGAAGUUGCCAAGCUCCGGAAAGACCUGGAACAAACUCGGUCAGAGAAGAAAUCCAUCGAGGAACGUGCAGAUAGAUACAAGCAAGAGACCGAGCAGGUGGUAUCAACUCUGAAGGAAGAAAAUACUUUGCUGAAGCAGGAAAAAGAGGCCCUCAAUCACCUUAUCGUGGAACAGGCUAAGGAGAUGACAGAGACAAUGGAGAAGAAGUUGGUAGAAGAAACGAAACAACUGGAACUCGAUCUUAAUGAUGAAAGGCUGAGAUAUCAGAACCUUCUGAAUGAGUUCAGUCGCUUAGAAGAACGAUAUGAUGACCUCAAGGAAGAGAUGACUCUGAUGUUGAAUGUACCUAAGCCUGGACACAAGAGAACAGACUCCACCCACAGCAGCAAUGAAUCUGAAUACACCUUUAGCACCGAAAUUGCAGAAACUGAAGACAUUCCAUUGAGGACAGAGGAGCCAAGUGAGAAGAAGGUACCACUGGACAUGUCACUGUUCCUCAAGCUCCAGAAGCGGGUCACGGAGCUGGAGCAGGAGAAGCAGGUGAUGCAGGAUGAGCUGGACCGCAAGGAGGAGCAGGUGCUCCGCAGCAAGGCAAAGGAAGAAGAACGGCCACAAAUUAGAGGUGCAGAACUGGAAUAUGAGUCACUCAAGCGACAAGAACUAGAAUCAGAAAACAAAAAACUGAAAAAUGAGCUAAAUGAGUUACGCAAAGCCCUUAGUGAGAAAAGCGCCCCAGAGGUGACCGCUCCGGGGGCACCAGCAUACCGUGUCCUCAUGGAGCAGCUGACCUCUGUGAGUGAGGAGCUCGAUGUGCGCAAGGAGGAGGUCCUCAUCUUGAGGUCUCAGCUGGUGAGCCAGAAAGAGGCCAUCCAACCCAAGGAUGACAAGAAUACAAUGACAGAUGCCACAGUACUUUUGGAAGAUGUACAAAAAAUGAAAGAUAAAGGCGAAAUAGCGCAAGCAUACAUUGGUUUGAAAGAAACAAACAGGUCGUCUGCUAUGGAUUACCAUGAGUUGAAUGAGGAUGGAGAGCUGUGGCUGGUUUAUGAAGGGUUAAAACAAGCCAACAGGCUCCUGGAAUCCCAGCUCCAGUCGCAGAAGAGGAGCCAUGAGAACGAGGCCGAAGCCCUCCGUGGGGAGAUCCAGAACCUGAAGGAAGAGAACAACCGGCAGCAGCAGCUGCUGGCCCAGAACCUGCAGCUGCCCCCCGAGGCCCGCAUUGAGGCCAGCCUGCAGCACGAGAUCACCCGGCUGACCAACGAGAACUUGUAUUUUGAGGAAUUAUAUGCAGAUGACCCUAAGAAGUAUCAAUCGUAUCGGAUUUCACUUUACAAACGGAUGAUUGAUUUGAUGGAACAACUUGAAAAACAAGAUAAGACUGUCCGGAAACUGAAAAAACAACUGAAAGUAUUUGCUAAAAAAAUUGGUGAACUAGAAGUGGGCCAGAUGGAAAACAUAUCCCCAGGACAGAUCAUUGAUGAACCCAUCCGUCCAGUCAACAUUCCCAGGAAAGAAAAGGAUUUCCAAGGAAUGCUGGAGUACAAGAAGGAGGAUGAGCAAAAGCUUGUUAAGAACCUGAUUCUGGAACUGAAGCCACGUGGCGUAGCAGUCAACCUGAUCCCAGGGUUACCAGCGUAUAUCCUGUUCAUGUGUGUUCGACAUGCCGACUACCUGAACGAUGACCAGAAAGUAAGGUCGCUGCUAACAUCCACAAUUAACAGCAUCAAAAAAGUAUUAAAGAAAAGAGGUGAUGAUUUUGAAACCGUUUCCUUCUGGCUCUCUAACACUUGCCGGUUUUUGCACUGUUUGAAGCAGUACAGCGGAGAAGAGGGCUUUAUGAAGCACAACACAUCUCGCCAGAACGAACACUGCCUCACCAACUUCGACCUGGCUGAGUACCGGCAGGUGCUAAGUGACCUGGCCAUUCAGAUCUACCAGCAGCUCGUGCGGGUGCUGGAGAACAUCCUUCAGCCCAUGAUCGUCUCAGGCAUGCUGGAGCAUGAGACCAUUCAGGGCGUGUCCGGGGUGAAGCCCACAGGGCUGAGGAAGCGGACCUCCAGCAUCGCCGACGAGGGCACCUACACACUGGACUCCAUCCUCCGGCAGCUCAGCUCCUUCCACUCGGUCAUGUGUCAGCACGGCAUGGACCCCGAGCUGAUCAAGCAGGUGGCCAAGCAGAUGUUCUACAUCGUGGGGGCCAUCACGCUGAACAACCUCCUCCUGCGGAAGGACAUGUGCUCCUGGAGCAAAGGCAUGCAGAUCAGGUACAAUGUCAGUCAACUGGAAGAAUGGCUACGUGACAAGAAUCUGAUGAACAGUGGGGCUAAAGAAACCCUGGAACCUCUCAUUCAGGCUGCUCAGCUUCUGCAAGUGAAAAAGAAAACAGAUGAUGAUGCAGAAGCCAUCUGCUCCAUGUGCAAUGCUUUAACUACUGCCCAGAUUGUCAAAGUGCUGAAUUUGUAUACGCCAGUUAAUGAGUUUGAAGAAAGAGUCUCUGUGUCAUUUAUUCGUACUAUACAGAUGCGUUUACGAGACAGGAAGGACUCUCCUCAGCUGCUCAUGGAUGCUAAACACAUCUUUCCCGUCACCUUUCCUUUCAACCCGUCCUCCCUCGCCUUGGAGACCAUCCAGAUCCCAGCCAGCCUAGGCCUGGGCUUCAUCUCCCGGGUCUGAAAGCCACAUCGAGGCAAAAGGACAGUACAUUUCUUGCCUGAAAUAAGAACCCAUUAUUUCCAGUGAGCUACUGAAACACAUUUUUAAAGAAGAUGUAGUCAUUAUCUUCCAAACAAGAGGUUAUUAACUGGAAAUCUCCCUAGAAUACUUCCAUCACCUCGGAAAGAAAGUCACACUCCUUCGUGCUGUUACCGGUAGCACCGCGCACCCUUGCUCAUUAGGUACCCCGAGUUCACAUGCAGGUGAAUGAUGGAAGGAAGGGGAAAAUGUAUCUUGAGUUGCCAGCAUUUAUUUUAAAUCCUUAGCACUAUAUCUAAAUGGUAUAAAAAACCAUAAAUUCCAGAUAUGAGUGGUUGUUAGGAAGGUACCCACAGAGAACCUCCUCUAUGUAACCAGAAGAAAAAUCACUAUUGAGAACAUACCAUAUAAUAUCAUAUCAGUUUAGGAAUCAUGGUGAUGUUGGACUGGAUCACAGAAAUCAACUGUAGUAGGUAUAAUAGCUGGACAAGUAACGUCCUUCAUGUGUCAUUAUGAUGUAGAGAUAUUAAGAAAAUGCUGGUUUACUGUAUAGCAUAGAAGUCCAUUUGCACUGUAGUUUCCUGAGCAUCUUAAACUGCUGCUAUAUACUGGGUUCUUUAACAUGUAAGCGGUAUUCUUGUUAGGUACUACGAGAAUAAGCUUCUCUUUUAUCAACUGUUUAUAGUACAAUCAGAUCAGUUUUAACUGGAUUCUUUGCAAACAUCUACAGAUUCACCUGCACAAGUAGCAGACACUGGAAAGUCCUGUAGUAAUAUGACAAAAUGUUGGACAUUCAGGGGUAGGAUUAGACAGACGGCAGUUGUUGGUGUCAUUAUUUAUUCAGGACACAUUACAGUGGUGUGCUCAUUAUUUUUCCCUGGUGGAUACCACUACAGGGUACAGUGUUCUGUGAAGUGACUUAUUUUUAGUUCCCAGAUCUGAUUUCUGCAAUGCAUACAGUCAACUUUGACAGGUUUCCGUUCUUCUUAAUUUAUUAAGAAUUAAUCUCAGUCACUAUCUAGAGAGCAUUGUCAGAAUAUUCAUGAUUCUGGUCUUGAAACCUUGAUUAUCCUAUAAAUUAUGCAAAAGAAGGUGUAUAAUGAAUACUUAUGAUUCCUUUUUUUAGCCUUUGCAAUUUCUAUAAAUGUUCUCAGUAACACUAGAUACUUUAAAGAGCAUCGUGUUAGAAAUACUUGGACUUAUCUAAGAAAUAUUAGAAGAUUGCUGAAUUUUACAGGGGAUUGGGCUUCAUAAGACCCAGAUUCUAUGUUUUCACCCCAAAAUUUUAAUUAAACAUAUCCUGCAUUUUUUCCUUAGAAAUCUUAUACAUAAAUCUUUCAGGUUGUGCAAAUACAAAUCCUUAGCUUUCAUCAGAAACUCUGGUUCUUCCUUGCAAUCAUAGAUUUUUAUAAUUUAACUCCCAGAUGGUUUAUAAAAAUGCAUCUUAUUAAAAUAUGUGCAAUAUUAUUAAUGGAAGUCAAACAGUUUAGAACCAGUGAUAAAGAUUGUUAUUAAAAGAUAAAUACUAUCUGUUAACUUAUUUAGGCCUCAAAUUCCUCUUUUAUAAAUAAGAGGAUUGGACACCUGACUCUUAAGGUCCCUUCCAUGUCUAACAUCUCUCCUCUCGGCGCUUAGAUCCUAGAGAAAUGAGCUGUAGUUCCUCAGUAAGUUUAUCCUCUGAUGUAGAGACCAGUGUUCGGUGCCUGUUAAGUCUGAGGGAUUAAUAAAAAUAUCACAAAUCUGUUUAGUUAUAACCUUUCUUCAAUGUGCAUGAUCUGUGUCCAUGCUUUUAGAAAGUUAAUUUGUCUGGGUGGUUUUUAUUGAAUCACAUACUGCUGUAUUCAAUUGGAUACAUUUAUUUGCAAAACCAACCCAAAACAUUACUAAUUCAAUCAGAUUCUCUCAGUUUUGCCUGGUUUGUCACUGUGGUUUUCAGUGAACAAUGAACUCAUAACCAGGUGGUUAGUACUGAAUGUGUCAUAGUCUAAGAGUAUAGAUGGGACUUGAGUGGGGAGCUGCUAACAAAAUGCCACCAUGGGUAGGCUGUCCAGCGAAGCCCCGACCUCCCCAGCUCAGUCCUGUGCAGCAUGUCCAUGGGCAUGUCCAUGCGACCCUCAGUCUUGUCAGGUCUUCAGGAUGCGCCGUGGGUCCCACUGCCUGCAGCCCCUUUUCCUGCUCCCAGACAGCUCGCAUCCUGAAGCGUCUCUCAUCAUGGCCUUGGUCUCUCCCUGGACUGCUGUCCUUCUGCUGGACAGUGCUGCAGCCUGUCCCCUGCUGGACCGGAGGGCCUGUUAAGGGACGGCCACACAAAGUUCCGCUGUUCCAGGGCUCCCAGGGCUCCCAGGACCCAGGUGGGGGUGGGAAUUAACUUCUCUUAGCAGCCUGAAGACCGUUAGUCAUAACAAGAGUACCUGAAGCAGGGACCCCAUGGCCUGGUAACAACUGCUACUUGAGGAUGCAACACUGGUCUGAGGACUGCUCACCCGCCCUUCUGUCCACCCACACUUUCUCAUGCAGCUGCACACACUUCCGGCUGCUUCCGCCUGCCCAUUUAUCUGUUCGCUCUUCCCCUUCUGUCAAGCAAUCCGUGUAUCCCAUCUCUGCUCUGACUGCGUUGAAGGCAGCAGUGGAUGGAGUCGGUCCUCAGCUGCCCCCUGGCCCACCUGAUGGCUUACCUUGUAGCAAAUCUGUAAAACUUGUUCUCCUUCUCUGUAGUACAUUUUUAACAUUAUCACUAAUUUACUUUCUCAUAAUUCCUCUAUGACACACAUUAGGAAUUCAAAGAAAAAUCUUGCAAGAAUAGCAUUUCAUUGUCUUAAGCCCUUCUCGAUACUCCCCACUCACUCACAUCUAGAUUCAGCUCGAACCUUGGAAUUCGUAGUUGAAAAAUUAGAAGCAGUUUCCCUUCUUGUAGCUUUUCUUAGGUUAAGGCUUUGAUCCACCUGAGAGUAACUACAAAGACGGGGAAGAUGAAUAUGGUUUAAGAUCCACAAAUGUGGCUUCAUGAUUCCUUUGGAAGUUUUGAAAAAUCCCCAUGUACCUGACACUUCUUUUGUCAGGAUAAAGUACAUACCCAUAUAUUCCAAAGCCAACUUAAAGGAGAUUUGGGGGUUGGGAUCAGUUGGUACGAUUUGCUUUAUUUCAGUGGAUAAUUGAGAGUUGGCUCUUUCUGGGUAAGUAUGUAUAAUACAGAGCAAAUCUUUUCAUAAAAGUGGGGGGAACUAUGAAAAUACUUUAUUAGAAUCUCAGUACAGUGAUGGUUGAGAAAUUACUUUCCUGGUAACCCUAGGUAAAAGGGCAACUGUCACCAUCUGAGAAGUGUUCUCUCUCUCUCUCUCUCUCUCUCUCUCUCUCUCUCACACACACACACACACACACACACACACACACAGUCACCAGUUCAUAGCGUUCCCCAGGAGGCAAAAUCAAAUAUCCUCUGGGUAACUUCAACUACUUAGGAUAAAACAGCAAAAAUUAGUGAUUGACCUUUAAAUUCUCCUGUAGCACAGACCUCGCAUCUGGCUCUGCUUUCCUCCAGCGUGCUUUCUCGUUACCUCACUGUGUCCUCACAGCAGCACUGGAAGGGAGAACUGUGGCUGCAGUCAUCUGCUGAUGGUGACAUGAGAGAGGUCGGUCAGACUUGCCCUGCAGCCCAGCUGCUCGCCCCACAGCGGCAAGUCCUGAGGUUACAUCUGUUCCUCGGUACCUGUGGGGGGCCCCGGGUCAGCAAGAGGUGCUCUUUCUUCUUAUCAGAGUUGGCAGCUGGCAUAUGGGAGCUGAGUAAUGAGCAAUGUCGAGUUCUUUGUGCUGACGAGACAGAGCACCUAGAGCCAGUAGUUUUCUUUCUGUCACAGUUGCCUGCUGCCACUAGGCUUGGCUCUGUAAUUACUCAGUGCUCCCCUGGAGGGUGCGACACUGUGUUUAGGUCACUCAUUAGUAGCAGGCUGUCUCGGCCUGAUGGAGAUUAGUGAACACCUCCCAAAGCGAUGAGGAAGGUCACUCUCCACACACACCCCUCUGUUAGAGUCAGCAGGUGAGCUGUUGGAGCCACCAGUGAGCUGCGCAGCCCCUGGGGAACCUGCAGCUGCAGGCCACGCCCCUGGGUGCUUCUGAGCGCUAUCCCCGCCAGGCCGUGCACAAGUCAGGGCGUGUGUAGACAUUACCGUGUGUGCAUGCUGCCAGUGUCUACUUUGCAGCUAGGAGGUGUGCUGUAUGCAUGUGUGUUAGGGAAGCUGUGUGUUGCUGUGGCCUCCGUUCAUGGAUAAGGGCAGCGUCAUUUCUUCUCAGGCCCUGCUGUGAGGGCCGCCUUAACCCCUGCUCCCUUCCCUCCUGGAGCUGCCUUAAGUUCUCCGAAACUUUUCCUGUGUACGGGGAUGUCUUGCCUGGAGAGAAUAUCAAGCCCUGUUUCUCAAGGUCUUGUGAGGGUUUUGGUUGGGUGUGGCCUCCAACCACUAAUUCCUUUCCCCGAGUCUGCAUGCUCCUCCCCCACCUGUUACUUCUUCCUUUCUUUUCUGUUAUUUCCAAACAGGUAGUAGAACUCUGGGGUAGCAACAGUCUCAGAGCCAAUGGAAUGGGGGCUUAGAAAGUCUUCCUGAGUUUGGGGGUCAAGAGGUGGGAAGACUCUGGGUCACAAGUAAGCAAAUGAACAUAUGGAAGAAAUGUUAGACUUUUGGUAGCAUUUAAAUGGCUUGUUUUCCACAGCCUUUUCUUAAUAAAAAGGUAAAGAGUACCACUGUCAAACUUUUCAUGGACAUUCUUUAAAAAUAUUUUUUAAGAACCCGGUACUAUAAAAGAUUGAAAACAAGAAAAAAUGCUAUAAAUUCGAACCCAUUGUAUUACCCUAAAUUAAAUCAGCCUGGAGUUAGUGGGUUUUCAGAAGAUCAGAAACAGAAAAGUACUGUGUAACAUAUCUGCCAAAAUGUGUUUUAUACAUUUUUUAAUUUUAUAAUUCGGUCUAGCUAAAAUGUUCAUUAGCUUAACUUAAUGGGUGUUAGUAGAGUCAUAAAUAUCUGAAAAUGACUAACCUUUUUAGUACUGUAAUAUUGCCUGAAAUAUUUGAAAGAAAAAUGUUUUUUGAGUUGAAACCGGAAUGUAUAAUUCAAUGCUUGGUAGGUGAGUACAUUUUAAUGCAUUUUUCAGACAAUAAUUUCAAAUGUCUUAUUGUUGCCAUAUGUUGUAAGAUUUUAGCUCACAUUUCAGGCUCUCAAUCAUUUGAGCCAUUUAAUUUUUUCCCAACAAAUGCUGAUUUUUUCCCAUUAAAUGUGGAUAUGUGUGUUGUAAUUUAUGAUUCCUAGUUAUGUAUUUCUGUGGAAUCCUGGAGUAAGGUUGACAUUUUUGUGUCUUGGAAAUUUUAAUUGCUCUAACAGUGUUGCACAGAAAUGAGCUCAUGACAUUUAACAUAUUACAUUUUAAUUAUUAACUUUAAAUUGUUAAUUUACGGUGAAAUGGAUAUGCCUUUUAACUAAAAUGAAAUUGAACAUUGCAAUUUUCCAAACAGUUUUUCUUCUUGGACCUGGAAAAGUUUUUAGGUACAGUAUUCAGCCAUUAAAAAGGAAGCAGAAGUACUAAGAAAUGAAGGAAUUACCAACCAACUCUAGUUUUAAAGGGAACCCAUCCCAGCAUAUCUCACAUGUAGUUUUUAAAAAUAAGUUAAUAAUUCACCUCAUUUUAACAGAAGCCUUUGAAACAUGGGUUUUUCACUAGAUAUCACCUAGUGCUAAGAUGGAAACCAAAACAAUAUCAGAUUGAUGUUUAAGCUCUAAAUUUGUAGUUGUCUAAUGUUGUACUGAGUAAAUGUGUGUCAUUAAUGCUGUAUUCUCCUAGCUAUUAUAGAAAAUUGUUCAAAUAAAGAUAUGGAUAUAAAGGA